UAAUCUAUGGUUGCGACGGUGGCCCAGAUUUGCAGGAAGCAGUGUAAACGAAGCACCGCAACUUUCUCUCUUUCGCGCUGCUGAGAUUAAAGAAAAAAGAGAAAACAAACAAACAAACACGCCUCAACUCUCUCUCUCUCUCUCUCUCUCUCACCGCAUCGCAUUAGAUCGUAAUCCAACGAACCCUUCUUCUUCCUCUUCCUUCACCCUCUCGUCUUCUCUUCCCUUCACCGCCUUGCCUCACCGCGAAGAAUUCCAUGUUCCUCACUGCAACAACAACAACAACGUGAAGUUAGACAACUUGCAUUUCAUCGCUAUUAACGCCGGUCGCGCCUGUUAUUAGACAUACCUUUUGAUCAUCGUGGUGGAUGCUGUGGUCUUGCGUGUUCCUUCAGAUCAAUGAUUAGUUCAACUGGAGAAUUGACAAGCCAUAACAACAGUAGCAUUGAGCACAUGGAAACUGAGCAACCUGAAUUGUCUGAAAAAACACCUCAGAUAGGCUCUGAAUGUCUGGACGGUGAACAAAGGGUGCUUGGUACUGUGUCAACCAGUUCUGUUAAUAAUGAAAAUUCAAAUCAAGUUUCUGCCAAUGUGACCGAGAAUUCUGUUUUUCAACUACCAGCAACACCUCAACAUUGCUUAGAAAAGAGUGGUCAGACUGUAACAAGUCCACCCCUGGAAGAAAGCACCUUGAAACAAGUUGCUACUAAUGUAUCUAAUGGUAAAUCAGAAAACAAAUGUCAGACAUCCUCUCAAGAUGUUCAAAACGAACUUGUGGAAGCAAGUGAUGUAAUAACUGGCUCUUUUGUUGCGGACCAAACACAAUCCAUUCCUGCUCAAGUGAAUACGAGUUCUGUGAAUGAACUAUUGGAUAUUCCUUCCGGAGAUGUUGCAGUAGAAGUUGGUUCUGAUAGUUUAGAAAAAAAGUCUAAAGGGUGCUUGGUAGACAGCGAACAAAGGGUACUUGGUACUGUGUUAACCAAUUCUAUUAAUGAUGGAAAUUCAAAUCAAGUUUCUGCCAAUGUGACCGAGAAUUCUGUUAUUCAACUGCCAGCACCACCUCAACAUUGCUUUGAAAAGAGUGGACAGACUGUAAAAAGUUCAUCUCUGGAAGAAAGUACCUUAAAACAAGUCUCCACUAAUUUAUCUAACAGUAAAUCAGAAAACAUAUGUCAGACAUCCUCUCAAGAUGUUCAAAACGAACUUGUGGAAACAAGUGAUGCAGUAACUGGCUCUGUUGUUGCAGACAAAACACAAUCCAUUCCUGCUCAAGUGAAUACAAGUUCUGUGAAUGAACUAUUGGAUAUUCCUUCCAGAGAUGUUGCAGAAGAAGUUGGUUCUGAUAGUUCAGAAAGGAAGUCUAAAAGCACAACUCCUUCACAAUUGAGACAUAUAGGUAAAAGUAACUCAAAGUUAUCGAAAAAGAAGUAUAUCCUAAGGUCGUUAGGAAGCAGUGACAGAGCUUUGCGGUCCAGGACAAAAGAAAAACCUAAAGCGCCUGAACCAAGUAGUAACUCAGUUGACGUUAAUAAUGAUGGAGUGAAGAAGGAAAAAAGGAGGAAGAAGAAAAAAACAGGAGGGGAGGAAAAGAAGGAUCAAUUUUAUAAAAUCAAAGCUCACCUAAGAUAUUUAUUAAACAGAGUAAGCUAUGAGCAAAACUUAAUUGAUGCUUACUCUGGUGACGGCUGGAAAGGAUACAGUAUGGACAAGUUAAAGCCUGAUAAGGAGAUUCAACGGGCUAAAUCUGAAAUUCUUCGACGUAAAUUGAAAAUUAGGGAUCUAUUUCAAAACUUGGAUUCCUUGUGUGCUGAAGGAAAGUUUCCAGAAUCUUUGUUUGAUUCUGAGGGAGAGAUUGACAGUGAGGAUAUAUUCUGUUCAAUUUGCCAGACCAAAGAGUUGAGCACUGAUAAUGAUAUAAUUCUCUGUGAUGGUGCUUGUGACCGUGGAUUUCACCAGCACUGCUUGGAUCCUCCAUUGUUAACUGAAGACAUUCCACCUGGCGAUGAGGGUUGGUUAUGCCCCGGAUGUGAUUGCAAAGAUGACUGCGUUGACCUUCUUAACGACUCCUUAGGAACACGUCUCUCUCUUAGUGACACCUGGGAGAAGGUUUUUCCUGAAGCAGCAGCUGUUACUGGAAAUAAUAUGGAUCAGGGACUUCCUUCUGAUGAUUCUGAUGAUGAUGAUUAUAACCCUAAUGGUAAAGAGGAUGUGGAGGUUGAAGGAGGUGAAUCAAGUUCUGAUGAAUCUGAAUAUGCUUCUGCUUCUGAGAAAUUGGAAGAUUCACACCAUGAGGAUCCAUACUUAGGCCUUCCUUCUGAAGAUUCAGAGGACAAUGAUUAUGAUCCUAGUGCUCCAGAUCUUGACAAUAAAGUCACAGAAGAAAGUUCAAGCUCUGAUUUCACAUCUGACUCUGAGGAUCUUGCUGCUGCUAUUGAGGAUAACACGUCCCCUGGACAUGUUAAACAGACUAAAAGCAGACAAAAAAGUAAAGUUGGUAAGAACCCAUCAAUGGUUGAUGAAGUGUCAUCUUUACGAGAGCCAGAACUUGAGGAAGAGGGUUUCACUCCAGUUUCUGGGAAAAGAAAUGUGGAAAGGCUGGACUACAAAAAGCUGUAUGAUGAGACAUACAAAAGUGAUACUAGUGAAGAUGAAGAAUGGACUGCCAGUGCCACUCCAAGUAGAAAAAAGAAACUCUGUGGCAAAAUGACUCCAGUGUCAUCAGAUGGAAAGGCCUCAAAUAAUUCUAGACAUACUCCUGAAAGGAACACCCAACAAGAUAAAGUUGAAAAUACAAAUAAUUCACCCACUAAAUCACUUGAAGGCUGUCUGGAAUCUGGCUCAAGGGAUAAAAAGCCUAGGUCUUCAACACGUCAAAGACUUGGAGACGUUGUAGUGCAGAGACUUCACAAAUCUUUUAAAGACAAUCAGUAUCCGGAUCGAGCCACAAAAGAAAGCUUGGCAGAAGAACUGGGGCUCACUUUUUUCCAGGUUGACAAAUGGUUUGGCAAUGCUCGAUGGGGCUUUCGGCGUUCAUCGCGUAUGGGAGCUAGUCCAGGCGAAUAUGCUUCGCCACAGGCCACUGGCAGCGGACCUGAAAAUACUGGGGAGAGGGAACGCGAAUUAGCUUCCCAGGAAGUCGGUGAAGAAAAAUUGAAAACCCCCAGUCCUAGAAAAAGGAAGCAUUUGUCUGAACCGCAGGCAUCUGAAGCACCGCAGAUUAUUGUUCUUGGCUUAGCAGCAUCUCCUGGCUCACCACGGGCUCAUGCAGGCAAUAAAAAGAAGACAGUGAAAAGGAAAUGAUGCUUCAUUGAGAAAUCAACAACCUUAAUCUUUUCCUAAGGCAGCAUAAUUGUAGAAUACAUCCGUUGAUUGAGAUCCUCUGAGAUGAUCACUUCUAAUCUUGAUGGAUUUUGUUUCCAUUCUGAAAGGUAUUGUUUGUAUGUCCAAAAAUUAACAUUCCAUUGUUCAUCCAACGUAAGUUAGUUUUAGAUUUGCCCCACACAUGCAAACACUAAAAUUUUUGCCAGUUGUUAGUUUUAGAUUUUAUUCCCCCAUUUACAGAGAGACCUUUUACGGUUUACCUUUAUCUGAAUGAUGUUUUAUAUGGGGGGGUCUACUAAACACUGCAGAAAAGCAGAUAGAAAUUUGGGGGAACAUUUUUCUUUCUUACCUGGGGAUUCAUAGCAUCAUUUUGUAUCAACAUGCAUGUCACCCUAGCCAAUGCAGCAACUAUUGUUAUUUGAUCUGUGCCAGCGCCCAUCUUGCACCGGUACUAGUUUGAUGGUUUAGCAUUCAGGGUGGUUGUCUCCUGAAAUUGUUUAUCUUUUUAUUCGGCUAUGUAACUGUAUUUGAGUAACAGAUGGAAUGGGAGCAUUUUAUAUUCUUGAUUGCUACA